CAUCCAUCGAACACUAUAUAAAUCUGUGGCAAUCGCUCACAAACACAAAACUUCAGCCACAAAGACACUAGCCUUAAAGCAAAGGGAGAAGACAAAAAUAUGACACGCAUGUGCAACACGCAGGCUUUCAUGGUCUUAUGCAUGCUGGGAGCCUUGGUCCUGCUACUGGGAGCUGAGGGGGGUUCAGCAAAAGGAAAGGUCCGUAGACAAAUUCGUGAGAAGCGCCACGGGAAAUAUGCCAAGAUGAACACGGUGGAUCUGAUCUUGGACUCCAGUUCCAUGUCCAGCCCCAUCCCUCUGUAUCAGAUCGGGAAUAACUCCCUGUCUCCCUGGACCAUGAGCUACACCAAUUACAGCAAUCUCUUCCCCUCCAAAAUUGCUGAGGCGAAGUGCCAGUUGAAAGGGUGCCUGAACGAUGAGGGUCAAGAAGUCAUGCAUUUUGAAUCCAAGCCCAUCUACCAUCAGAUUCUGGUCCUGAGGAGGGUAGAGACAAAGCAUAAGAACUACGCCUAUAAACUGGAGACCAAGACCAUUUCAGUCGGCUGUACGUGCGUCCGCCCAAAUGUAAUGCACCAAAAGUAG